AUGAAUUCUACUCAGCCGUCAUUGCGACUCACCUUCCAACUCAAGCCCAAGGCCAUGCACAUUCACGAUGCGUCAACCUUUGACGUUCUAGCGACGCCAGUUCCGACGGUAUGGCGGGGCGAGAAUGCGGUAGCGUACAACGGAAUAGCGUCGUUCGAGGAGGAUGGAGACACCCACGAAUACUCGCUCGUGGACGGCGUUGCCUACUACACUCGUCGUCCAGGAGGCAAGGCCACAGCAACCGAGUCGGGGUGUCUUCCGUCUCACGUCGUGCCACCAAUUGACACGGUACUCAGCGCCAUUCACGACGCUAGGACAGCCACAUACCUGCUCCCCCCAGGACAUGCCGACAGCAAAUGCCCUGGCGGAUCCAUGCUUGUUUUCCCGUUCGCUGGCGAAGACUACGUGCUGUGUUCGCGUCUAUCGAGCUCCAACUGGUUCCAGGACGACGGGUUUCAGAUAUUUGGCUCUCACCUGGACAUCGAUGUCAAGUACGAGCAGUCUGCUCCAACUAUUGUACCCCGUCGUGAUGCAUCAAGUGUGGCAGCAGCUUGUGGCUCAGUUUCAUUCGAAAGACGCAUCGCUCUGUCCGUGUCGAACAUGGUGAAGCGGUCGUUGUUGGAGUGGGGACACCGUUCCCUUCGUGCUGAAGAGACAGAGUUCAGCUUUGGAGAUGUGGUGAACGCGAUAACGGGAGACGAUGACUCGACGUGCAAGUGCAAGGGCAAACGACGCGCCUGCGUGUUUGUUGCGGGGCUCAAGUCUUACAAGGACUACGGUCUUACUGACGACGACCCAGCGAAUUACUUUGGAGAUACUUUGGACUUGACUUCGACGUGGGUGGGCACGAGUGGGCCGCUGGAGGGCAGCAUGGGGUCGAACUAUCUCUACGAAACUUGUGACGGCGCGCUGACUGUUGUGGUGGAGAAAGUCUUGGAUUUAUUGGGGAACUGCCCUCCUAAACCCGGUCGAGCCUCGCUCGCAUACCAAGGCUCAAACUACAGCAACCCGAAGCUGGAUAAGGACUUCGCGUCCGCCCAAGCCGCGUACGCUUCAAACAUCUCCGCCGUCUUGUGCAGCAAAAACCACACGGGUCUGAAUACGAUCCAGGCGGCUGUUUACUCGCUGGCGGCGGCUGUGAUUCCGCACAAGUCUCCGCUGAACGACGGCGUCGUGGAGUAUCAAAGCUGUGCGAAGGGCCUCGAUAUGGACAAGUUUGCUGGCACAUCGAACAGCACAUUCUACGUGUCUGGGCUCAACCACGUCGACACCUCCUUCCGGAACGGAGACAGCCUCUUUAGUGAUAGCAAGCGGCCAGUGAAGUGGUUCGAGUGUCUUCUGUAA